GCGAGCAACAUGUCUCCGGCCCUGUGGCUGAUGGUGGCGGCCAUAUUGUGUCCAGUCUGGUGUCAGUCAGACUCCGAGGAGGACAUAAUUAUACAGCCAGAGCUUUAUCUUGGUCCGGUGUUUGACAUCGAAGACUUGUCUAAUCCUUUCCAACAAUUGGGAAGAAGGGGCUGUCUCCCGGACAACUUCAGCGUUGGUAAUGGCACUGUGGAAGCCAUUCAAGCGUGCUCGAGAGCAGUUGAACCCAUCGAGAUCCAGUGCGGGGGAAGACCACGGAUGGGCUACUACUACCAGUGCAUACAAAACGGUAUACCGGUGGCCGGUCCCAACGGUUUCGACGCCGCCGCCUUCCUCGACCUGAUCACAAGUUUCUCGCCGGACGAGGGGUGGCAGGCGCGCGCGGGUCACCUGGCGCUGCGGUGCAUCACCUCCUCAGACCCCGGCUCGUGCAGCGGCCUCUCGCGCGGCCAGCAGACGAUUGCCGUGCUCGCCUGCUGGAAGUGGAUGUUGACUCUGGACUGCGACUUCUGUAGUGCGCCGGAGUCGGACUGGACUGCCGCCUGCCGACGGGGUCGGUUCCUAGCCGGCUCGUGCCGCCGCGGGCCGGCCGCCCUGCUCCGCGGGGUCACCGAUCAGGGAGGUGACGGCUUCAGUCGCAGGGAGGAGUGUAUGGAGACCAUGAGGAAUGAGAGCGGCGUGCAGGAGUUGCUGCCGCAGGUGGCCGCCGGCGCGAUCACCGAGGAACGCUGUGAGCUGCUGAGCUCUGUAGCCGAGAAGUUCGUCGUGUGUCUGAUGAGAGACUUCACCUCGCCCAACUGUCAGGGCGGCGGCUACGGGAAGGUCGAGCUGGAGCGGCUGAGAAGAGCGGCGGUCAGCAGCACUGGAGGCACCCAGGACGCCCUGGCGCUGCUCGAGGUCCUGGACAGGUGCGAGGACGAGCGGGAUGUGCGCGGAUUCAUCGCCUGCUGGACCGAACUGGAGAUCUACUCGUGCGCCACCGAGCAGGCCAAUGUUGUGGGACUUAGGUCCUAACCGGGAGGAUAUCGUGCUAAUACCCUUUGGGGAGAACACCCUCACAUUUUUCGCUACGCAAUCCUGGUUGAAAAACGGCGCACCACAUCUUGGGUACCUGUUGCGAGUUUAUUGACUUUGAUAAUGGUGAAGUUUUUAAGAAAUCGGAUAAGUUUUGUUUAGCAAUUGAUGUUUACGUUUAGUGAUGUCAUAAUUUCCAAAUUUCAGCCAUCAAUUGUAUGUGUUUGAAAAUCGUAUGCAAUCGCAAAAUAGACGUUAAACCUCGCC